CAGCGUGCUGGGUCCUCGUCUCCGUGAUAACAUCUCCUACUGUGACACCGUCAGACAAUGCGGCCCAUUGUUUGACCACGGGGCACAGAGGCAAACAAGAUUAAGCGAUCUCCGCCAUCACUCUCACACGAUUAAAUCCACGGUACCCCCGUCCCCGGUCAGCUGUGUGGGACAUUUACUCGCUCGACUUCUUACGGACACCUUCCAUCCAAUAUUAAUGUGUUAUUCUGACCUUUGAACCGCGAUCCCCGGAGAAAGGCGAGAAAAAUGUAAACAAACAAGGCGUGCAGGUAUUGGGUUCGGCGCAGGUAGAGAAUGGCCCAGCACUUCAUUCAGGUGUUUGGGAUUUAACAAAGCCAAUAUUCUUCUCAAUUAACAACGAGUUUACACGUAACUUUUCGGCCGUGACUGACAGAAAGCUUUUCUGACAGAUUCUAGGGGGAGAUAUUCUCUGUACCCCCGCUUCCGCUGAAGUUUUCCCCCUAAUUUUUGCAGACGACAUAUGCACAGAUUGGGUAUAGCCGUGUACACACGUGGGGAACAGCGGAGGUACAGCGCAAGGCAUUCCGCGCCGUGGAGGUUUUCUUCUCGUUCUCUGUCGAACCCCGUGUUCCCUCAGCGGCGGUCAUUGAUGAGAAAGGUAAAAAUCAGGAACUUAAUUCUCGACUAGAUCAGUUGAUCUCUUGAUAGGGAGAUUGUGAGAGAAAGAAAGAACAAGGGACCCGACAUCAGCUGUGUAGUGUGUUGUGAAGGAUUUUAAAACUCCCCGAGUCUCUCUCGCCACUGCUGAUUUUUAACAAAGACAUUCCCCUUCAAUUUGACCGGAGAAAUUGUUAAGAUAAUACAUCCAGUCCACGAAAGCAGGUAAAUCAACAAGAUCACAGACCUACAUCUAAACACAGCAAAAUGUGAAGCAGAGAGAAGAGACGGGGAAAAUCGAAGUCAAGUUUGAAAUGAACUUGCUACAAAGCUAUUUCAAACUGCUUCAAGAAAUGUCAUAGUGUAACAUGGUUUAAGCAUGGAGAGGUGUGGUUUUUACGGAGCUGCCUCGGCUGACAUGGGUUAGUAUCAGAUUUUGGGGAUCAUAUCAUUGGUGUUUGUACCUGAAGCACGCAAGGAUAAGAAAAUGACAGAGGACGCAAGAAUGUUUCAAAGCCUACAUUUAUAAAACCUAUAAGCCAGACUCAAACAAAGAAAAACUUUCAAAACCGGAAAUGCAGAACAACAGUGCUGACGAGACGGAUCCGGAAAUGGAGGGUGGACCGGAAACAAAGCCUCUGACAAAACGAAAAAACUUGAUGAAGCGGCGACUGAGUCCAUACAAGUUCAAAAGUGAGGAGUUAGAGAAAUUGUACCAGAGGUAUAUAUACAACCUCCAGCAGUCGGCCCUUCGGUACACAUUAGGAGUGUUCAUAAUUCUCACGGCAACCCUAUCUGCAUUGGAGUUUGCGUAUAUUCGGGAUUUUACCAUCUAUGGCCUGUGUCACGGAAUUAUGUGUCUUAUCUUCAUCGCAAUGUUCAUUCUGAUGCUAUUCUUCCUCUUUAAGUACGACUGCAUGAGAGAGGUCCACUUCCGGGUGGUAGUGCACGUGAUUCUGUUCUUCAUGGUGUGUUUCGCCGUUCUGUCGUUCCCCUUUGACCUGGACCACCCCCUGGCGCCCCGCCCCACAUACACGCACGCGGACGGUGUGUGGCAGAUAGUAUUCGUGGUGUUCAUCAUCUACUCCCUCGUGCCCCUAAGGACCCUACUCGCCGUCAUCUGUGGCGUCAUCAUUCCAGCCAGUCACGUGGUCGUCUGCAUCGUCACCAAGACCGAGAACGAUUCUGAUUGGUGGAGACAGUUGGUGGCCAACAUCAUCCUGUUCGUCUCGGUCAACGUGGCGGGAAUCUUCAUCAACAACGUGACCCAGCGCGCCCAGAGGAAGACCUUCGUGGACACGCGCAACUGUAUCGCGGCCCGGAAGGAGAUACAACAGGAAAACGAAAAACUGGAGCGCUUGUUACUGAGCGUGCUCCCGCAGCACGUGGCGUCAGAAGUCAAGGAUGACAUCACAAUGAGAGACAACGAGCGGCAGUUCCACAAGAUCUACAUCCACCAUUACGAGCCAGUCAGCAUUCUGUUCGCUGACAUCGUGGGCUUCACCAAGAUGUCCUCUCAGUGCACGGCACAGGAACUGGUCACCGUCCUCAAUGAAUUGUUCGGCAGCUUCGACCGACUCGCUAAGUUUUACGACUGUCUGAGGAUUAAGAUCCUGGGCGACUGUUAUUACUGUGUGUGUGGAGUCCCGCAGCCAAACGAGGACCACGCCAAGAUCUGUGUGGACAUGGGGCUCGACAUGAUUGACGUCAUCAAGAUGGUUUGUGAUAGAACGGACGUGGCAUUGAACAUGCGCGUGGGGCUACACACUGGGCGGGUGCUGAGCGGAGUCUUGGGAUUGAAAAAAUGGCAGUUUGACGUAUGGAGUAAUGACGUCACACUAGCUAACCAAAUGGAGUCCGGAGGAAUCCCAGGGCGAGUCCAUUUGACACGGGAGACAUUGCGGCAUCUUCCGGAAGAAUACAAAGUGGAGCCCGGAAACGGCGGAGACCGGAACGCUUAUCUCAAGGAGCGGGGAAUAGAGACCUUCCUGAUCACCGAGAGUCCGCCCAGAAACACACCUGGAAUCUGCAUGGGACGAAGUAACAUGAUCAAAGCCAAGAAACCCUCCUUUCGGAACACUUCUAGAAUCGUCCUGCGCCUGAUGCAGAUCCGGUUUAAUGCGGAGAUCCCUUUUUCAGAUGUUCUGAACCCCCAGUCUACUGACACGCACCGCCAAGAACCCGGAUCUAAGCUGUCGAACUUCGGAUACUCUGUGAGAGACAAAAUUAGAAAGGCCUUCCAAGGGCAGUCGAGUCGGAGUCCGUCCAAACAGCAGACAACCACAGAGUCGGCCAACAAGUACAUCUCCCAGGCGCUCAAGGCCCGGAACCUGGAGAAGGAGAAGCGCGAGCAGGUCAACAGCUUCACGCUCAGGUUCAAGAGCUCCUUCCAGGAGAAACAGUACCAGUCCACCAACGACUUUGCCUUCAGCAGCAGUAUGAUCUGUUCCCUGGUGAUGUUGAUCUGUAUGGCGGGGAUGCAGACAAUCAUUCUUCCAAGAACUCUGCUGUUGUUGAUUCUCUUCCUGACAACAUUUUGUUGGAUCGCCCUCGUUUUGAUUCUCAUUCUCAGCGUCAAACUCAAAUGCACAGUGUUUGAUAUUCGGAAAUCAUCUGGACUUAGGCUAUUUAUAAUGCUGGCGACUAUUAUUCUCAUUUACUCCAUGUCCCAAGUAAACAUUUUUUGUUGUCGUUCCUCCACGCUGUUUGAGGAGUUGACCUUAAAUGGCCUUAGUGGGGGAGGAAAGAUGCACCUCUCGUGUGAUUACCCACAAUACAUCUUCCUAGCCGGCGUGCUGAGUUUUAUUUCCGUUUCCGUUUUCCUGAAGCUAGCGGCGGGAAUCAAGUUCCUUUUGAUGGCCGUCAUGUUGGCCGUGUACAUCGUUGUCAUGGAGAUCACACACCGGGACAUCUUCGAGACGUUUGACAUGGCUAACAGACAUCACGUGCCGACACGGGUCACUGGCGUUGUCGUGUUAAUCGUAUUCAUGUUGACCCUGUACUUACAAGGUCGCCAGCAGGAGUGGACGUCACGGAUCGACUUCCUCUGGAAAUCCCAGGCCACAGAGGAGAAAAUCGGGAUGACGGAAGUCCAGAACAAUAACAAACGGAUUCUGUGCAAUCUACUUCCGGCGCACGUUGCCGCGCAUUUUUUAGAUACUUCUAGCAAGAAAACGGAGCUUUACAGUCAGUAUUAUCCUAAAGUGGGCGUAUUCUUUGCGUCCAUUCCGAACUUCUCUAACUUUUACAUAGAACUAGACGCCAACAACCAGGGCAUGGAGUGUCUGAGAGUGCUCAACGAAAUCAUCGUGGAUUUUGACGAGCUUUUGAACGAGCCUCGUUUCCGUGCCAUCGACAAAAUCAAAACCAUAGGUAGUACCUAUAUGGCCGCAGUCGGUCUGAUGCCGGAUUACAAAAUACAGGAAACACGUGGCUCUAUGAGUCAUUACAUGGAGAUAUUGGUGGAGUUUGUUCUGGCAAUGAUGGAUAAAAUGAAAGUCAUCAAUGAGAACUCGUACAACGACUUCCAGCUCAAAGUCGGUAUAAAUGUUGGUCCGGUGGUGGCGGGGGUUAUCGGCGCCAAGAAGCCUCAGUACGACAUCUGGGGAAACACGGUGAAUGUGGCCAGUAGAAUGGAGAGCACGGGGAAACCGGACCUCGUGCAGGUGACAGAAGAUGUGUAUAAUGUCUUGCACGAGAAAUAUGAAUUUCAAUGUCGAGGGGUGAUUAAGGUUAAGGGUAAAGGUGACAUGGUGACCUACAUACUAGUUGGCAGGAGGAGGCCCUGCAGUAUUCUUCAGACUGCGUCAUCGCCGCGACUAUCAACAGCAGCUAUUCCAAAUUCGCCACCUCUUGGUGUUUCCCCAAGUUCGCCUAACAUCCCCAAGUCUGGAUCACGUUUGUCGGCGAUUAAUGGGUCACCCAGCAUCAACAGCAUGGGCAAUGUAUCCAACAGUCACGUGACAGGCCAGUCGGCGUCAGGAGCUCUCAUCGUACGGAAUCCAAGUGCUGCCAGUCUGUCGUCACAUGAAAGUAUAUCUAGGAAUGAGUCUCUACGGUCCCAGAAUCGCUUGCCGUUAAACUUUGAACCCGCUAAAAGUAUGCCGACUCCUCCCGGAAGUUUAAAUCGAAAACGGAGGAACAGUUCUGACAGCCCCAAAUAUCCGGCCCGCAAACCGUCCGCAAAUGCUCUGUCACAUUGCAUUUCCGGUCACAUAUCUGAAACGGAGUCUGAGGUGACUUAUGCGCGCAUGGAUUCCCCAGAACUUCCUGCUGUACAUUUCAUGAAUGUGAGAACUCAGAAUGUCCUCCCUCUGCAGAACUCCAUGUUUGAUAACCUUAAGACAAGUCCAGGUACUUCCGAACAGCCAAACGAUCAUUUUGUCCGCAGUCUGAACUCUUACCCUGGUCAUAGUUCCUCACGCCAUCCAAUGAACGAUCUAUAUGCCACCCCCAUAUUUGAAGACGAGACUAUUAGUGUAAACAGUCCGCUUCUGCCCCAUUCGCCUCCGCCACAGACUCGGGGCGGGGAUCACUACAAACAAAUCCACAGGAACAUCAGCGAUAGCAACAUAGUGGGCCAUCAUCAAUCCCCCUCCGGAAUUCCACGCAGCACAAGUUCCCCCUGUGCCUACAGUAUGUGUAAUAUCACCUCUACUAGUGGGAUUGCUGACCCCAAUGACAGGACGCAGCACAAGGAGAAAUACACGGCGCCCCACUACGCCUCUGUGCAACCAAUCAGAAAACCGACACAGAUGCCGAUGAGUCAGUCUAAAGGACCGCCUGUCACCAAACCCUGCCAGGUGGUCAGUCCCACGGUACCCAUGGUUAGGCCAACUCCGUUUGUAAUGGCAGGGGCUGUUCCCGAGCUACGACAGUCUGUGAAAGCAGCGCCUGGUCUACAACCCCGAAAAGUUCAGAAUGUUCCACCAGUUAGUCCUUUUGCAAACCCGUCUUUCUUUAACCAAAGCAAUAACGACAGACCGGAUCCCAGUGAGAUUCCUGAAGAAAGCAGAAUGAUGAUAUCCAAUAUGUUGAGAGAACUAAAUCAAGUCGUCAGUCCUUCAAAUCCAAAUCGUAGAAAGUCCAACAGAUUGGACGGCAACGAGACUUCACACAAUAGAAAUCCGUCGGAUGACAUCUUUGUGACAGCCACCUAUCGUGAGCCACUGAGUCCUCAACAAGCUUUCCACGCUCCUAAUCAGGCCGGUCAUCAGCAAGGCAGCAGCCCUCACAGAAAACUCCCAUCGCCUCUUCACGGCUCCUCCCAAACCUUCGCCUCACCUCCAAGACAGAGUCCGAUGGCGUCUCCAGCGAAAAGAAGCUUAUUUGAUAGAACGAAAGAAGAAGACUCCCGGUGUUCGAUUUCGCCCCCACCACCUCCUAUUCCACCUAAGCCAAACCUUGACGGAGGCCGGAGGGUGUCCCGAGGGUCGCGAGCCAGCAGUACUUCCUCACAGUCCACGCUGACGCCCUCCCCUGCUUUGGUCGCCAACAUCGACGGACGAACCAUGUCCAUUAUGUCGAGUCCUGAGGACGAGGCUUUUCAGCAGUCAGAGUCCCAGCCUCCGCCAUUACCGGUCAGGAGAAUGCAACCCGAGAGAGCGAGCUCGCAGAGGACGGCCGAGGUGAAACCAAACGCUCUGGUUCAGCGAAGUAAUUCUAGUCCCCGGGUCAGGCCCCGGUCAUUACGUAAUCGGAAGGACACUCUUACACCUGUUCUGUACUCUGACGAUGACCGGGAGUCUGUGAGUUCCAAGCCGUUCAGCGAGCACUCGUCAGUCGUGUUGUUACAGCCAAUCGAGUUGAAGCUUUCCAGGCCCGCUUACGUUAAGCAGCUCUCGUGUCCCGCCGACGACUGCUACACUCAGUAUACCCGUGCCUUCCUCGCUAACACCGACUUUAUGAUAUCAAAUUUAGAUCGAAAUUUCUCCAGGUCUAGUGAUACUAUAUAUUCUAGCUUUUCCCAUGGACCUCCGACUCCCAAGUUUCCAGUCUUGAGUUCUGCUGCUUCUUCAUCCUUGACCCAAUUACUUCAAGAGUUGGCUGGGGAACAACCGAAUAAAAUUAAUGAAUACUCUUCCAAGCAUAACCGGUCCCAACCGUUCAGAACCGGAGAGACAGAAGUAGAGGAUAAACUGCUAAACAAGUCUCAAUCUAAAGGACAAACUGGACAAAAUUCAAAACGGAAACCAACACGCCUUCCAGUUCCAAUAAAACUAAAACAAAAUUCUGCUAAGGAUGGUUCAUCAAAGUCUCCGUCUGCUCAAAAUUCAUUUCAAGUCAAGCGGCGUGGAAAUUUUACAAUGCCAGUCAGGCCCUGUAAAAGUCUGGAUUAUAUACCGAGUGAUCGAGAGGACAACGCGUCAUCGGCUGCGUCAUCAACAUGCGGCAGUCCCAAAAUGACGCGGGAAUACGUAGACCCCUACUAUCAGGCUCGGAUCGAGGAAUAUCUCGCUGGCAGAAAUCUCCUCGGGCUCGAGAGCCUGAGUCUGUCGUCCAUCGCUAGCAGUAGCGAGAUGUCUAAGAGUGACCCCGCCCUCAACAUGGACUCAGGAUCGGCGGCGUACGAGUCGGAGUACGACAAUUACCGGCCGGGGAUGACCAGUGACGACGACUUCUUUAUAUCUGACCCCGUCAGUGACCUUGACUUGCUGGAUGAACUUGACAUUGAUCACGUAACAGUCAGUGAUCAUUUCAGUCUCGAUAUGCCGUUACCAGGGUUACAAAAGAAAACGACGACGGAUGUGUAAUGACGUCACUGUGUAAUUUAUUGAAUUGUUAUUAAGUAAUUACAGUAUUAUAAUUAUCGCUGUCAGUUAGCUGAAUAAAUGUGUGAUCCAAAUAUUUAAUGUGCAAUUAUCUUUAAAUAUAAGUGCAAUUUGAUUCUAUUAUAAUGAACGCGCUUUAAUAUUGUUUUAGUGGAAUCUUUUGCAAAAGGAAUGCGAGACGUAUGUUUUGUUUCCAACAAUUUAGACUUUUAUGUGUGUGUGUGUUUGUGUGAGAGAGAGAGAGAGAGAGAGAGAGAGAGAGAGAGAAAGAGAGAGAAAGAAUGGUAACGAAUGAGAGAUGUAUUCCUCAAUUCUGACUGUUUUCAUGUGCAUAUGGACACGUUUAUUGGCUGUUAUAUGUAACACUUGUUUGGUGCUUUGGUUGUUUUGAUUUGAUGAGGACUAUAUGUAUGUGCUUUCUCCCCACACUAGUGUUCAGUUCGCAGUCCAUGUCAAGACAACGCAUUGUGUGACCUGAGAUUAAACUCAAAUAGAAAAUGGCA